GCCAAAUGAAAUCCAUGAUCGCCACAAAAGCUAAGAAUACGGAUAGUUUUGUUAGUUCUACUUCACCACUCCCUCUCCUCACAAACCAUCUCAACAUGAGCGAACCUCCUGCAAAUUUCAUCAACUCUCCAGCUUCCAUGGCCAUCUUCGCCGCUCUCUUCCUUCUUCCCAUCAUAUCCCCCACCGCCGUUGGUUCCAUUUUACAUCCCAACUCUGCCGUUUUCGAUCAACGGAUCUCAGAUAGCCCCAAUGGAUUUCAGUCCAGAGGUAUCAACGCAGGACUUGACGCCAAGCUCCAUUUGGCCGAGAAGCACCCGCGGUUUAUAGCCGUGAGGAAGGAUGGGAAAGGAGAUUUUAAGACAAUUUCUGAUGCAAUUGACAGCAUACCUCAGAAAAACAGGCAAAGAGUUGUAAUCCGGAUUGGCCCCGGUGUCUACAGGGAGAAAGUUAAGAUUGAAAGGACUAAGCCCUUCGUGACAUUUUCCGGCGACCCGAAAGCAAUGCCUACAAUAACGUUCGCCGGCACGGCGGCUGAAUACGGGACUUUGGACAGUGCUUCCGUAAUUGUGGAAUCGCAUUACUUUGUUGCAAGCAAUAUUAUCUUUGAGAACUCGGCACCAGCUCCGGUUUUGGGAGUGAAAGGAGCUCAGGCGGUGGCGUUGAGGAUCUCCGGCGAUAAGGCUGCUUUCUACAGGUGUAAGUUUUUGGGAUAUCAAGACACACUUUGUGAUGAUAAAGGCCGACACUUUUUCAAGGAUUGUUUCAUUCAAGGAACGGUUGAUUUCAUAUUCGGGAAUGCAAGGUCUAUCUAUCUUAAUUGCGUGAUAAACUCUGUGGCCAAUGGAAUCACUUACAUCACCGCACAGGCAAGAUCAAAAAUUGCAGACAAGAGCGGCUUCGCUUUUGUGCACUGUAAAGUAACAGGCACGGGCAGCGCAUUUCUGAGCAGGGCGUGGAAGGAGAGCUCAAGAGUAGUCUUUGCCUAUACUUACAUGGACAGUGUGGUUAAUCCCAGAGGUUGGGAUGAUAGGGGAUUCAAGGAACGACAGGGGACUGUAUUCUAUGGUGAGUAUAAGUGCUCGGGGCCAGGAGCCUCUACGAGCAAAAGAGUCAGUUAUGCUAAGCUGCUGACAGAUAAGCAAGCGAAGCCUUUCUUGAGCAUGACAUUCAUCAGGGGAAAAACAUGGAUUCUUCCGCGGCCGCAGCUUUAAAGCCAAUGUUU